AUGCCUAUCAAUGCCAUCACUUCCGACCAUGUCAUUAUCAAUGGUGCAAAUAAACCUGCGACUAUUGUGUAUUCGACCGAAUCAGGCACGAUUCUGGAUGUUUUAGAAGGCUCCGUGGUUAUGGAGAAAACUGAGAUAACCAAAUAUGAAAUACAUACGCUGGAGAACGUAUCUCCAUGUACAAUUCUGCCUGGACUUGUGGACUCUCAUGUUCACUUGAACGAGCCCGGUAGGACUAGCUGGGAAGGAUUCGAAACUGGAACUCAAGCUGCUAUUAGUGGCGGGGUCACAACGGUGGUUGAUAUGCCGCUAAAUGCUAUUCCUCCCACAACAAAUGUGGAGAAUUUCCGAAUUAAAUUGGAAGCUGCUGAGGGCCAAAUGUGGUGCGAUGUUGGGUUUUGGGGUGGACUGGUACCACACAACUUGCCAGACUUAAUUCCGCUUGUCAAAGCUGGCGUUCGCGGGUUCAAAGGAUUCUUGCUUGAUUCUGGUGUGGAAGAAUUCCCUCCAAUUGGCAAAGAAUAUAUAGAAGAAGCCUUGAAGGUCUUAGCCGAGGAGGAUACCAUGAUGAUGUUUCAUGCUGAGUUGCCCAAGGCACAUGAGGACCAACAGCAACCCGAGCAAAGCCAUCGUGAAUAUUCUUCGUUUUUGUCCUCGAGGCCGGAUUCUUUCGAAAUAGACGCCAUCAAUUUGAUUCUCGAAUGCUUGAGAGCCAGAAAUGGACCAGUUCCUCCUGUACAUAUAGUUCAUCUGGCAUCAAUGAAAGCAAUUCCCUUGAUCAGAAAGGCACGUGCGUCAGGGCUACCAGUCACAACAGAGACUUGUUUCCACUAUUUGUGUAUUGCUGCAGAGCAGAUCCCAGACGGAGCCACCUACUUUAAAUGUUGUCCACCCAUCCGCUCUGAGUCUAAUCGCCAAGGCCUAUGGGACGCUUUGCGUGAAGGUGUUAUAGGCUCAGUAGUGAGCGACCAUUCGCCAUGCACCCCUGAGUUGAAGAACUUGCAAAAAGGUGACUUUUUCGAUUCUUGGGGAGGAAUCGCUUCCGUCGGACUAGGUUUGCCAUUGAUGUUUACCCAAGGCUGCUCUUUGGUCGAUAUCGUUACAUGGUGCUGUAAAAAUACAUCCCAUCAGGUAGGACUAUCUCACCAAAAAGGCACUAUAGCUCCCGGGUACGAUGCUGAUUUGGUGGUAUUUGAUACUGCAAGUAAACAUAAAAUAAGUAAUUCAAGUGUCUACUUCAAAAACAAAUUGACUGCCUACAACGGGAUGACGGUCAAGGGCACAGUUUUGAAAACCAUAUUAAGAGGCCAGGUGGUAUAUACGAAUGCCAACGGAGUCUCGAAAACACCAUUGGGUCAAACUUUGCUUGAUUCUAGACGUUAA